AUGGGAGAGCUAUUUGUUGGUUGCACAAUGGCAGACGCUGUGGCUGUGAGUAAGAUGAUGCAGGGCCCGGGAUUAAACAGGAUGGGAGAAAGUGGAUGGAGGGAGAGACAAACAAACAGACAGGAAGUGCCUGACCCAAACCACCUGCCUAAUCGGGACUGGCGUACGUUCGUACCCACUCAAGAUGUUGCAUGGGGACCGAUUAUGAAGAGCACAAUGAACCGAUCAGUAUUGACUGAAGAGAUGCCGACAGAAGUAACAGCGACGAGAAGAUCCCUCCCAAGCGGUCAAUGGGUGGAGUUCACUGCAAGGGUGAUCAAGCAGCAGCAGCACAGACACACUUGA